AUUUAUUUCCUUCGCCGUAUCACAAGGAAUUUAUUGAAGUGGACGUCAAGGUUUCCAGUCCAAAUCGUUGAUUGGCUGCGCUCGGCCGGAAAGACCCCCCCCUACCCCGCCCCCUCCUAGCCUGAUUGGGCGAUAUUGGUGUCACUCCGAUGCGUCGGGACAGUGAUUGGCGGCAAGGCCGGAAGUAAUGUCCGUUUUCUUCCUGAAGUGGAACAGUGGCACGGAGCGGGACAGGAGGAAAGCUCCUCGAGUGGAAGUGUGACAAAAUAAAAAAACAAAACAAAAGAACCUUUGCGCCACUUCCACGCGCGCUCUUCCGGCGCCUGCGUUUUCGGCGUGGAAGGCGAAGUGAAGCGGCCGCCGGAGAUGGAAGCUGUACCGGCCAAGAACAAGGCGCAGGGCCGCCUACUGGUGUCCACGCAGCUGGACGCCAAAGACGAACUGGAGGAGAAACUGGAGCGUUGCGUUGGAGUGGUUCACUCGAUGACCAAUGGCCUUUCAGAGAGAGAAGCCAACGACGCUCUGACUGCCUGUGCGUGUAAAGGCCAGCAGCAGCACGAGGAGGUUUGCCUUGGACUCUUCGCUUUGCUUCUCACCGAGCCAGCUCAGGCCCAGAGGUGUUACAGGGACCUGACUUUGGUGAACAGAGAUGGAAUGAAUGUGGUCCUGGUGAAGAUCAACCAGAUCUUAAUGGAAAAGUUCCUCAAGCUCCAGGACGUCCCCAGAAAGCAGCUGGUGUGGUUGGUGCGAGAGCUGGUGAAAAGUGGUGUGAUGGCAGCUGAUGGCGUUGUCAUGACUUUGCUCAAGCAGAUUGCAGGCGGAGAUGUGUCCACAAAGAACUUGUGGUUGGCUGAGAGCGUCCUGGACAUCCUGCUGGAGCAGAAGGAGUGGCUUUUGAAGAGCGGGAUGCUGAUCGCCAUGUCGGUGUACACGUACCUGCGCCUCAUCGUGGACCACGGCGCCCCCAACCUGCUUCCUCUGCGCCAGAAGGAAGUGGACUUCUGCAUCGGGAUGCUGCGGGAGAAGUUCUUGGAGUGCGUGAUCAUCGGCCGAGAUUUGGUGCGCCUGCUGCAGAACGUGGCCCGGAUCCCCGAAAUGGAUCUUCUGUGGAGAGACCUGCUCCACAACCCUCAGGUCCUCAGUCCGCAGUUCACCGGUGUUUUGCAGCUGCUCACGGCGCGGACGUCCAGAAAGUUCCUGGCGUGUCGUCUGACCCCCGACAUGGAGACCAAGCUCCUGUUCAUGACCUCCAGGGUGCGCUUCGGGCAGCAGAAGCGCUACCAGGACUGGUUCCAGCGGCAGUACUUGUCCAUGGCCGAGAGCCAGUCGCUGCGCUGUGACCUGAUCCGCUACAUCUGCGGCGUGGUCCACCCGUCCAACGAGGUCCUCAGCUCCGACAUCCUGCCGCGCUGGGCCAUCAUCGGCUGGCUGCUCACCACCUGCACGUCGAACGUGGCCGCCUCCAACGCCAAGCUGGCGCUCUUCUACGAUUGGCUCUUCUUCAACCCGGACAAGGACAGCAUCAUGAACAUAGAGCCGGCCAUCUUGGUGAUGCAUCAUUCCAUGAAGCCCCACCCCGCCAUCACGGCCACGCUUCUCGACUUCAUGUGUCGGAUCAUCCCGCACUUCUUCCCUCCGUUGGAAGUUCAGGUCCGUCAGGGCGUCUUCAACUCGCUCACGUUCAUCAUGGAGAAGCGAGUCCUGGCCCACUUGGCGCCGCUGUUUGACAAUCCAAAGUUGGACAGAGAACUUCGCUCCAUGCUCAGGGAAAGAUUUCCAGAGUUUUGCAGUGCCCCCUCGCCGCCCAUGGAAGUGAAAAUGGAGGAGAUGGCGUCCAUGGAGAUGGAAAACAUGAUGGACAAGGAGGAAGGUUGCUACGACAACACAGAAGCAGCCUUCAGUGAUGAUGAGGAGGAGGUCAACAGCAAAGGAAAGAAGCGGGAGUUCAGAUUUCAUCCAAUCAGAGAGGCUGUGGUGGAAGAGCCCGCUGACAUCACACCCUGGCUUGACCAACUGGAGGACACCAUGAAGGACAAGGUCGUCCAGCUGCAGAAGUCAAGUGACACGGAGACGCAGUGUGAAGUCAUGCAGGACAUCGUGGACCUCAUCCUGGAGGAGGAUUUCGACACGGAGCAGAUGUCGGCCUUAGCGUCGUGUCUGGCGGAGAUCUUCAAAGAACAUUUCCGAGGAGACGUCCUCCCCGAAGACAUCACUGACGAAUCGCUGGAGGAGUCGGUGUGCAAGGCGGUGUGUCUGGUCUUCCGCAACCUGGUGACCAUGCAGGAGGACAACAGCGGCUUCGCCGUUCUUCUGGAAAUGCUGGCGGAACUUUACCAGAAGCAGCCCAAGAUCGGUUACCACUUGCUCUACUACCUCAAAGCCAGCAAAGCGGCCAACGGCAAGAUGAUGCUGUACGAGUCGUUCGCGCAGGCCACGGCGCUCGGAGACCUUCACACGUGUCUGAUGAUGGACAUGAAGGCGUGUCAGGAGGACGACGUGCGCUUGCUCUGCUACCUGACGCCCUCCAUCUACUCGGAGUUUCCAGAUGAGACGUUGAGGAGCGGCGAGCUGCUCAACAUGAUCGUGGCCGUCAUCGAUUCCACUCAGGAGCUGAUGUGUCACGUGAUGAUGGGGAACCUGGUCAUGUUCCGCAAAGACUCCGUUCUCAAUAUCCUGAUCCAGUCUCUGGACUGGGAGACGUUUGAGCAGUACAGCACGUGGCAGCUGUUCCUGGCGCACAGCAUCCCUCUGGAGACCAUCAUCCCCAUCUUGCAGCACCUCAAGUAUAAAGAGCACCCCGAGGCCUUGUCCUGCCUUCUGCUGCAGCUGCGGCGAGAAAAGCCCAGCGAGGAGAUGGUGAAGAUGGUCCUGAGCAGGCCCUGCCACAGCGAGGACCAGUUCACCACCAGCCUCCUGCGCCACUGGGCGUCCAAGCACGACGACGCCCUGGCCGAGCACAUCAAAGCGCAACUCAUCAAGAACAACAACCAACCGCGAAAGAGGCAAAGUCUCCGCAGCUCGAGCAGCAAACUGGCUCAGUUGACGCUAGAGCAGAUCCUGGAACAUCUGGACAACCUCCGAUUGAGCCUGAACAACACGAAGAACAGCUUCUUCAGCCAGACGCCCAUCCUUCAGGCCCUCCAGCACGUUCAGGCCAGUUGCGAUGAAGGACACAAGAUGAGGUUCAGCGACUUGUUCGCCUUGGCCGAAGAGUACGAGGACUCGCAGGCCAAACCCGUCAAGUCUCGCCGCAAGGCGGCCGCCACGUCGCCGAGGUCGCGCAAGGGCGCCGCGCCGCCCAGCAACAACAACGAGGAGGAGAGCGCCUCCAGCAGCGCCUCGGAGGAGGAAGACUCCAAACCCAAAGCGCCCAAGAGGAAGAGGAAAUGCUCUUCGGCCGUGGCCUCCGACAGCGACUGAUCCACGUUUGCCCGCCAUGCGCUGUGCCCCGGCUUUUAAUUUUUUUAUUUUAUAUUUUUCUUUGGGGGGGGGGGGAACAACUCUUUGCUGUUGUUUUUAAGCUGCCCCUUCCUUUUGUCUCGCUCCAGUAAAAGCCUUUGUAUGAA